AAUGACUUCUGCUGAAGGUUCUCAGAGAAUUACGAAGUACGUCCUCGCAUGCUUUCUAUGGUUUGAUCCCACGUUUUUAAUAGAAAGUGCAACAGCCCAGAAACUGGAAGCUGAUAGCUUUGGAGACUAUGAUAACAGUUCAGAACUUAUAAUAAUUUUUGGAACACUGUUAGCUUUUAUUUUAAUUUUGUUCUUUUGCAUAUGUGUUUGUGGUAAACUUAAUUUACGAUCAUCAACAUCAGUAGAAGAAUCUAGGAAGUCUGGAAUAAUAGAAAUACAUAGGCCACCGGCCAGAAGAUAUCAUUCCCUUGAUUCGAGACGAGAACUAUCUGGUGAACCAGCAAGAAUCCAUGUGGUCAAUGAAAUAGACAGCAAUCGUGGAUCAGAUGAAGUAACCAUCCCACGUCUCUCUACCCAAGCAAGUAGUGGAAAUCUUGAAAAUGUAGUAACAGAUAAACCACCUGAUUAUUUCACAAUCAGACACAAUAAUUUGAAAAAUCCAACAUAAACAAUAUUUCCAGUUAUCCAGAAAGACAAUGAACCACCACCUGCUGAAUAUGGCAAAUAAAAUCCAUUGCUUAAAUGAAUGCCUUAAAAAUAUUUUGGAUUUGUAUUAUAUUUUCAUCUUAAUCUUCAUGUAUGAAAGCACUGUAUAGAUAACAUCUCUUUCCUCAGCUCUAUCCAUUAUAGAUAACAUCUCUUUCCUCAGCUCUAUCCAUUCAAGUCCUUUCCAGAGUAGAAGAGAGUCUGACAAUGUGCUACCACAGGAACUACCAGAUUAUUCCACCUUAACACUGAACUAUCUUAAUGCAACUGACUUUUGCAGUUACCAAGAAAGGCAAUGAAACACCACCUCCAGAAUAAAGAAAGAGAAUCCAUUGUUUAAAUGCUGAGCUGUUUUGAAAAAUAUUUCUAUUUCUAUUUUCAACCUGAUGUUUCUUGUACGAAUCUUUGCAAGGUUUGCAAUGCAACUAAGUCCACUUUUGCAGUUAUCAAGAAAGACAAUGAAACAUUACCUCCAGAAUAUAGAAAGAGAAUCCAUUGUUUAAAUUCUGAGCUGUUUUGAAAAAUAUUUCUA